AUGCAGAAGAUAAAGUCCCUGAUACAUAAAAGAGCCACGGGCCCCGAAAAGAGUAUAUCUCGGCCAAGGCGGAGGACAGAUGCCAUUAUAUCUGGACAAGGAUCACAUCUGGCGAAUAUACGGUCCAGUUGGGCAUCCGACAGAGUUCCGCCACGUUACCCAGACGAAAUGGGAGCAGUGGUAGCUGGCACAUCUCCUGAUCUGAAACAUUGCCGAAUUGAUUCUGGUGUUGGGGGGACGGGGGACUCGCAUCAUGAUGCUCAAAGGGUAGCGAAUGUCAUAAUUGACGCUUCAGGUGAGGACGCAGGCGGAUACGGAGUGGGCCAAAUCGGAGUACAUAGUGAGAAGACCGCAUCUUCCUACAUCCAUGGCGGACCCACUGCUCCUUCACAAGUGAUAAGGCCUACAAAGGUUAUGCACACAUUGCAUAUAUCUGGAGAGUCCCCUCCACGACCUAUGUGGGGGAAAGGCAGAGAGAGUCGACCCCUUGCGCAUGACCCUCUGGCUGGGAUUCCACGGAGAGACUCGACAACUCUUGGCUCUUUGAUGGGCACCACUGCCACGUACACUACGGCAACCUCAAGAUCUGCAAUGGCUUCUACCACCCAGCCGGCGCCUAUUGCGAGAGAGGUUAUGCAGACAAGCGAAGCUGCAUACGGUCUGGAAGGGUGGACCGAACUCCUGGAAGAGCGAACAACAGAGGAAUACGAGAUGCAAUUUGAAAGAUCGGUUAGUGAAGUCUUGGAUAUGUAUAGUGAAUUCCCCAUGCAGCCUACAGCUCCUGCCCAGCGGCCGGUCUCCUUCCAGAAUCACACUCUUUUUUCCUCUGCGCAAGAGGGUGCCGCACGAGAAGGCAAGGUGGGGAAAGCAGAGGCUGUACAUGAAGCUGCCGGAAGACCUACGAUCAGAAGAGUUCCGGUUGAAAAACCUGACGUGAUGCGUGCUAAGGGCGAAGGUUUCAUUGUACAAAAGGCAGCUAUCAGCGACUUCAUUACUCGCGAACCAGGUCCCAGAUUGUCCGCCAGCGCAGGGGCGUCCGCGGAAAAUCUUGCCCAAGAACAAUUUCCUUUGGCCAUCAACGCGGUUCCUGGUACUGCUAUCGAGCCAACCAGUGAAACCCCUCGCACAGAGCCGGAUUUCCAUGCACAGGCAAUGGAACAUCAAGCAGGUCGUCUAAAAUCAGAGGGCAGGAGGGCUUCCAAAGAAGAAAAUGCACGAGAGAAACAACGAGAAAAGCAACAGAAGAAAUUUGAGAGACAGAAAGCGAAGGAAGAAAAGGCUCUCCGGAAUCGGAGAUUUAACGGGGAGAAGAAGCUUCAGAAGCAGAGAAUCAUCGGAGAAAAGGCCCGUCAGGGCCGACAGGCAAGGGACACAAAGGACAUGCAGAAGCAACAGGGUAGGUCCAACAAGAAGAAGGGAAAGGCACGAAGGAAGGAGGAAAAAGGAACUCAGCGGUGGGGAGAGAGGUUAAGCAAUAUGGAGGAUGUGCAACAGGCGCGGAAUGGUAAGGGUUUUCUGGGCAUGAUGCGUCGCUUGACAAAGAUUAUGGGUCUUCAAAGACAGAAGGGCUAUGGAAUAAAUCGUGCUCUCCCUCGUGGUACAUCUAUUGCCAAACCCGGACACCCGUGA